GUUCCCUGCUUCUUACUACUGCCUUCAACUUGUGUUGCGGCAGCAGAGCAUAACAGCCCCCGCCGCACCCCUCCCCACCCUCGACGCAAUCUCACACGCAGGGAAACUGUGUAAACAAUCUCGGUUUUUUCUACUAGCUAUACAUACAGAAUAAUAUCUAUCGACCGUGAUGCCUUCUGUUGUUAUGGCUAAUGCUGAGGCUCAAUUCGCCGACGAGAAGAAGAUCAUGAAGAAGUCCCAGCUCGCGGAGGCGAUGGAGGAGAAAUCAGCUGAGAAAAAGACGAAAAAGGAGAAAAAGUCCAAAUUGACCUCGGAAACUGCCCGCGAUGAUUCUAAUUCCAAGAGCCCUGUCAAAAUUAAGAAAGAAAAGAAACGCAAGGCUUUGGAAAUCGAUAAUGAGGAGGAGAAAAGCGACACCACCUCCGAGAUGGGUGAGCCUACCAAGAAGAAGAAGAAGAAGAUGAAAUUUGAGGAUGGACAUGGAGAGGAGGAGGACGGCGACGACGACGAAAAAGAGAACCCCAACUCUGUCUCCAAUUUCCGAAUUUCGGCGCCGCUUAGGGAGACUUUGAAGGCCAAGGGAAUUGAGGCGCUGUUCCCUAUUCAGGCAAUGACAUUUGAUACCAUUCUCGAUGGUUCCGAUAUGAUUGGAAGGGCUCGCACUGGUCAGGGUAAGACUUUGGCAUUUGUAUUACCUAUAUUGGAAUCAUUGACAAAUGGACGUGUUAAAGCUUUGAGGAAGACUGGAUAUGGGAAGGCGCCAAGUGUUCUUGUUCUCUUACCCACAAGGGAGUUGGCCACACAGGUGGCUGCUGACUUUGAAGUUUAUGGUGGAGCUCUAGGGUUGACUUGUUGUUGCCUGUAUGGGGGCUCUCCUUAUCCGCCACAGCAGAAUCAAUUGAAAAGAGGCGUGGACAUUAUUGUUGGAACCCCUGGCCGUAUUAAGGAUCACAUAGAGCGAGGAAAUAUUGACUUCCGGUCCUUACAGUUCCGAGUGCUUGAUGAGGCUGAUGAAAUGCUGAGAAUGGGUUUUGUUGACGACGUUGAACUUAUUCUUGGCAAGGUUGAGGAUUCUAGCAAAGUCCAAACGCUGCUUUUCAGUGCUACAUUGCCAGUUUGGGUUAAGCAAAUAUCUACCAAAUUUUUGAAACCAGACAAGAAAACUGCUGACCUUGUUGGUAAUGAGAAAAUGAAAGCCAGCACCAAUGUAAGGCAUUUUGUCCUUCCCUGCUCUGUAUCUGCCAGAGCUCAGCUCAUUCCUGACAUCAUUCGUUGCUAUAGCAGUGGAGGACGCACUAUUAUCUUCACAGAGACGAAGGAUUCUGCUUCCACACUUGCUGGUGUGCUUCCUGGAGCACGUGCAUUGCACGGUGAUAUACAACAGUCUACCCGUGAGGUAACUCUUAAUGCCUUCAGAUCAGGGAAAUUUUCUACACUUGUGGCUACAAAUGUUGCAGCACGGGGACUAGACAUUGAUGAUGUCCAGUUAAUUAUUCAGUGUGAGCCACCUCGUGAUGUAGAGGCAUACAUUCAUCGAUCUGGGAGAACAGGAAGAGCUGGGAAAAGUGGUGUUGCUGUGAUGCUUUAUGAUCCAAGGAUGUCAAAUUUUUCUAGGAUCGAAAGAGAAUCAGGUGUUAAAUUUGAACGUAUAAGUGCUCCGCAGCCAUCUGAUAUAGCUAAAUCUGCUGGUGUUGAAGCAGCAGAAAAAAUCAAUGAAAUUUCUGAUAGUGUGAUUCCGGUAUUCAAAGCUGCAGCUGAAGAUUUACUCAACUUGUCUGAUUUAACUCCAGCAGACCUACUUGCUAAGGCAUUGGCCAAUGCUGCUGGUUACACUGAAAUUAAGAAUCGGUCACUUCUCACUUCAUUGGAAAAUCAUGUUACUGUACUGCUCGAGUGUGGAAAGCCCAUCUACUCACCAUCGUUUGCUUAUGGAGCUCUGAGGAGGUUUUUGCCUGAGGAGAAGGUUGAAUCUAUAAAGGGUCUUUCAUUAACUGCAGAUGGGAAAGGUGCUGUAUUUGACGUUGCUGUCGAAGAUCUUGAUGCUUUCCUUGCAGGGCAAGAGAAUGCUGCUGGUGUGAGCUUGGAAGUGGUGACGUUGUUGCCAAAUUUGCAGGAAAGAGAGCCAUCAAGAGGAAGAUUUGGUGGUGGCGGUGGUGGCCGUGGUGGCUUCGGGGAUAGGAGAGGUACCAGAUUUGGUGGUGGAAGAGGAGGGGGUGGUAGAGGAUCCUUUUCUAGAGGUCGUGGUGGUGGCAAUAGGAACAGCAGAUGGUAAGCUUUUUCAUGUGGCUGCAACCUAUUGGCAGAGAGAUGCAAUUGCCCAAGGGGCAUCAAAUUUUGGUGUUGACACAUUGAUAAUUUUAUUGUUUUUUUUGUAGUGGUAGUAGUUUUUGUGUUUUACGAAAUGUUGUUUUAGCUAUUUUUGUUUCCUUUCUGAUUCGAACACCUCAAUUGUACUAGUACUACAUUAAUUAUUUGGGAGUUCUUUAUUAUUUAUUGGGAGUUCUGAAUUUUUGAGUUGA